AUGAAGAACUUGUACUGCCCGUCUUUAAUCCAGUGGUUUAUAUGCUUUCUGCUACUAUUACUAUGGAACGAGUUUACGUACACAAAUGAGAAUACUUUGGGUGAAUUAUGGAAUAGCAAGAUCAGCAGGAAAAAUGGAUCGUUUGUACACUAUUUCAGAUUAUUAGUGGAAGAGGACAACACAGAUAUGUGUAAUAGUUAUUCAACAUUACUGGACAGUGUCUUGCACAUAAUGAGUGACGAAAAAGGUAAUGUUGGAAAGGCAGUAAAAAUAUCAUUAGACAAUGACGACCCCAUGGACGAUUUCAAUAAUGUUGAGACUGAUGAGAAAUUCCCAACACAAGUUUCUUCCUACACAAAAGGUGCCAAGCAUAAACACAAUUCAGACGCCUCAAAUAAAGAUGCAAAAUAUGCAUCAAAUGUAUACAAUAGUAAAAGGAAGAAUGACAGCUAUUUAGAUGAUUAUUACGAUGAAUACGAAAAAUAUGAAAAAGAAAAGUAUAACCACAAAUAUUAUGACGGCCGUAAACAGCGUCAUGAUGAGAGGGGCAAUUAUAAAUAUCGUCCCCAUCAUCGAUACCAUGAGGAUCGUGAUGAUCACAGAUAUCCACAGGAGCGUGACAUGUACACAUAUCAGGAUGACUAUGACAACUGGAAGUAUGGGGAUGAUUGUGACAAUUAUAAAUAUCUGGAGGAUGCUAGAUAUGCUAAGGACCGCGACGAAUAUAAGUAUAGGGAUGAUGCUAGAUAUGCUAAGGACCGCGACGAAUAUAAGUAUAGGGAUGAUGCUAGAUGUGCCAAGGACCGUGACCAUCGUAGAUAUGCACAGCAGCGUGACGAUCGUAGAUAUGCACACGAUCAACGUGGUCACAAGAAUAAGAAAUAUCGUGAUGAAUAUAAUAAAUAUGAUGAGUAUUACAAAUAUGAUGGUAAAGAUUAUAGGGAUUAUCAAGAUGACAGCUACAGAAAACCUUCAAACUAUAAACAACCUGCAUUCGAUAAUGAAGCAAAUAAGUUACCACGCAAAUAUCCUGCCCAGGAUUCUCCACCCAAACCGUUGAAUGCUACAUGUGCAAACGUUAAUAAAGCUGGAAACACACAUGAUCCAAUGAACCUAGGGGACAAUGCAAAAAAAUUACACACUACAAUAAAGAACAAUUCUGAUAAUUCCAAAGGAUACUAUUCAAAACGAUAUUAUGGCGAUCGUGGUUAUGAUGAUAAUUAUUAUACUCGCCAGAAUGAUGGUGGACGAUAUGGUCCAUCAAAUUAUGAUGACCCCUAUAAUAAAGCCCCCCGAUGCCCCCAAUACGGUUUACAACCCGCACAACCACUCAAUUCGGUCCACAACGAGGACAGCCGGUACAACCAGUGCAAUCCUAUGUUGGCCGACCACAUGUACAAGCCGUACAACCUCCAUUCGGUCCACAACCUGCAAAACCUGUACAAUCCCAUGUUGGCCUACCACCUGCACAACCUGUACAAUCCCAUGUUGGCCUACCACCUGCACAACCUGUACAAUCCCAUGUUGGCCUACCACCUGCACAACCUGUACAAUCCCAUCAACAGUGGAGAAAAACCUGGACUCAUGACCAGAAUUCUUGAUACAAUAACCAUCACCUCCCCAAUUAUCGUAAUGAUUGUCAUUUUCAUAAUCCUUGCUGUUCAUUCACAAACGGUAGGUAUGAGCAUACUGGCCGCACUGAUUGUUACAACAUCUGCAUAUUUUUACCAUAAGUACAGGAAAUGCAAACGUAUGUUCAAACAUUACGGUAAAACCAACGAUCCCAAAAAAUUUUUAGAAUCUGCAACGCCCCCACAAAUUACCCUUCAACCUGAACCUCCAAAAAAUAACGUAGUUAAUUACACACAUUAA